AUGGCAGGGAGGUCCCUGCCGUCCUGCUGCUGUUUCACACCGGGGAAGGGGAAAGAUGGUCCGAAGUUACGCGACGUGCGCUCCCGGAGGGUCUCGGUGCUCUGCGAGGAGCCGCCGGCGGGGCGCUGCGGGGCUCUGCGGGGCCGUGCGGGGCCGAGCCGGGCCGGGCCGGGCCGUGCGGGCAGAGCAGGGCGGGGGCGGCAGCCCGGCCGCAGUUCGGCGGCCGCGCACCGGGCGGCGCUGCGGGUCCACGGCCACCCCGGCAUCCUGCCCUCACCCCGCACGCUGCUCCCCGGCUUUGGGGAGCGGUGUAAGGAGCAGGGGAGAGCAGGCAGACCCGAUGCUGCCCCCGCACCCGGCAAACGGGAGCCUCUCUGCCAAAAGAGCGACACCCGGCGCAAGGCAACACCAGAGAGUAGCGGCGGGAGAGAAGCGGGUUCGCUCGGGCAUCCUCUCCAUCGGUCGGCAGCUGCCGGCGGGCAGGCGGAGACGCUGCCCCGGCGCAGGGAGCGGGGGCUCCGAAGUGAGUUACAUCAUUGCACUUUCCACGACCCGAAGACGACGGGUGAACCCGGCGAGAAAAGCAGCCAGCGGGGUCCCGCCGGGGAGGAGCUGCUGGGGCUAUCCAUUGCCACGCUGAGCACAGUUACUCACUAUGGGCUCCAUUUUACCCUCAUCAGCGAUAUCUCCCUGGAUGGCAACUCCUACAGGGUCAUCCACUACAGAGCUUUCUACUUUGGGAUCUGCCUCAGCAUGACCCUGAUCCUGGCAGCCCUGCUGAGCUCUGCCGCCACGGUGCGGGAAUCGCAGUGCCUCACCGCCAUGGGAUUUUUCUGUUUUGCUCUGGCCUUCUGCGGAUUGAUCCCAGCUGCCUGCUGGAGAUACACACACAGCACGGAGGUAGAAGACAGCAUGAUGGAUGUGUAUGAUUUUGUGUACGAGGAGGUGAGGAGGAACACCUCCAGCUUCAGGAGGCACGAGUUGACUGCCAUCCACAAAGCAUUCCUGUGCUGUGGGAAGCACUCUCCUUUUGGGGACACAAACAACGUUGAGCACCAGACAUGCCCACCCGGCCAGGCACACAAUGCAGGACAGGACUGCCUGCAAGAGAUCCAGGACUUUCUGAAGAAGCACAUGGACUUCGUCUUCUCGCUCCUGGGCAUCGCCAUUGGCUUCACGGUUUAUGGAAUGAUCCUAACUUCAUUCCUCUGGUUCUCCAUCCACUUCAGCAGCAAUCUGGACCGGAAAGGCAAAUACAUCCUGCGAGAGAGGUAGAAACCCGAUGCCUGGGCAUCCCUACCAGGUAGAGCCAGCUCUUAACACAGGAAAACGUCUGAAUUCACUUACAAAAUCCCCUGGGGAGGUAUUGCAGGGGUCAGAUGGUGGGACAUGUGUCCCACGUUUCCCUUUCUUGCACUACUAGCUGUCCUGCAUUUCCAAGCUGGUCAGAGGGGAUGAUGCUCUGAGGAGAAGUCUCACAUCUUUGCCUCAAACAAACAAGGCACCUGGGCUCAGAGAUGCAGAUUCCCUUACCGGGAGAUGUACAGGCCAUAGCUCCACAAGUAGGAUACGAAGAGACCCCUAGGACAAAAAUGGAGGGAGAAGACCAGCAAAAAUCACAGUCAUCUGAGCAGUUUCUUGUGACCUCCAAAGAUGCAAUGUUUUUAGGACGAUGGUUUUGGAUCGCAGCCCAGGAUCAAUCUUGUGCAAUCAGUAAAUAAAUGGACACAAAGUGUGUCAUCACUGAUGGGAAAUGUGCUCUCCCAGACUGGUCACUCACAAGGAUUGACUUUGGACACAUUUCUGAUCACACUGGAGUACGUAGGUAUCCAAUGACUGUCAGCUGUUUUUCCUCUGUUUUUAAACAUUGCCAGAGAUCAGGAGAAAAAUCAGAAAGUAGUGCAUGAGCUUUGAAACAACUGACCAGCACAAGGACACAUUCCUCUGUUAUUCUUCCUUACUAAUCCAGUAUAACAUUGUUUUUUAAUUCUUAGGAUUUAGUCAACCUCCUCGAGCUUGAUAUCACAGUUCACAGGGGCUUGUUCAACUUCCAGCCCCAGCUCUGUUUUAUUUGGCUUCACUAACCCACUGUGCUGCUGUGUGCCAAAGGACUUUGAUAUUACACAUACACACAGAAGUUUAAAUCUAUAAGAGAACAGGACUGAUCUCCAGCCAGGUCAAAAGCUACAAAGUCCAACUCCACAUCCCCUUUGCACCACCUUAUCAAAAAUAAACAGAACUUUAAAAAGGCUGUCAGCCUAGCUGAAAAAAACUGUCAUGCUUGGGCAUGCUUUGCCCUUGUGAGGAGGCAGAGCUGCUUCUGAGCUGAAACCCAUCAUUGCAAUGGAUGUAGCACCUGCUGUAAGUUAUAUGGAUGCAUGAAAUGUCUGUUGAACCAACAACGCCUUUCACUCCUCUCCUAUGUAGUGGCUUUUAGCUGUGAAAAAUGAUAAGUAGCAAUUGUUUAUUGAGAUAAACAUGGAAACCCCCAUGCUGAUGUUCAGGACAGGUCCUGUCCCUCAGGCAGGGGCUGCUACACAGGCAAGAACAGCAGUACAGCCUACAGCACUUGGCUGGCAUUUUAACAUGCCUGCAAAUGCCUUGUGUUAGAAAGAAUUGCAUUGUGAAGGGGUAAGGGAGGGCUAUCGCUUCUCAUCCCACUCCCUUGAGACCAGUGGAGCUUCACCAUUGACUUCACUGGAAGCAGGAUCCAGUUCAAACUGCUCCAGUGUAGUACUCAAGCUACCUCCUGGCAGUCACCAACACACCUAAGUCUGGCAGGGAUUUAGGGGUGAUAUGCACUUGACAGCAUACUCACUUUCUAGUGGUGAGAAAAUAUUCACUUGUAUAUGCACUAUCAUGUAUCUUCAUCUCUGGAAAGAGACAAUCUCCCUUGUGAGCUCCAACUGCUACUGUCCACCCACUGCUACUGUUAUUCC